AUGUCUUUGAGUUCAAAAUUGACUGUCAAGGAUUUGGAUGUCACUGGUAAAAGAGUGUUCAUCAGAGUUGAUUUCAACGUCCCAUUGGACGGUAAGAAGAUCACUUCCAACCAAAGAAUUGUAGCAGCUCUGCCUACUAUUCAAUACGUUUUGGAAAAGAAGCCAAAGGCCAUUGUCUUGGCCUCUCAUUUGGGUAGACCAAACGGUGAAGUUAACGACAAAUACUCAUUGGCUCCAGUUGCCGAUGAAUUGUCUAGACUAUUGCAAAAGCCAGUUACUUUCUUGCAUGACUGUGUUGGUGAAGAAGUCACCAAUGCCGUUAACAACGCUAAGGACGGUGAAGUUUUCCUAUUGGAAAACUUGAGAUUCCACAUCGAAGAAGAAGGUUCCAGAAAGGUGGAUGGUAACAAGGUUAAGGCUGACAAGGCUGCUGUUACCAAAUUCAGAGAACAAUUGAGUUCUUUGGCCGAUGUUUACGUUAACGAUGCCUUCGGUACCGCUCACAGAGCUCACUCUUCCAUUGUCGGUUUCGACUUGCCAAACAGAGCUGCCGGUUUCUUGUUGUCCAAGGAAUUGCAAUACUUUGCUAAGGCUUUGGAAAACCCAACCAGACCAUUCUUGGCUAUCUUGGGUGGUGCUAAGGUUGCAGACAAGAUUCAAUUGAUCGACAAUUUGUUGGACAAGGUCGAUUCUUUGAUCAUUGGUGGUGGUAUGGCUUUCACCUUCAAGAAGGUCUUGGAAAACACUGAAAUCGGUGACUCCAUCUACGAUGCUGCUGGUGCCGAAUUGGUUCCAAAGUUGGUCGAAAAGGCUAAGAAGAACAACGUCAAGAUCGUCUUGCCAACUGACUUCGUCAUUGGUGACAAGUUCUCUGCUGAUGCUAACACAAAGGUUGUCACCGACAAGGAAGGUAUUCCAAGCGGCUGGCAAGGGUUGGACAACGGUCCAGAAUCUAGAAAGGCUUUCGCUGCCACUGUUGCUGAAGCUAAGACUAUCGUCUGGAACGGUCCACCAGGUGUCUUCGAAUUUGCUCCUUUCGCUAAGGGUACCGAAGCUCUAUUGGACGCCGUUGUCGCCUCCUCUCAAGCUGGUAACACCGUCAUCAUCGGUGGUGGUGACACCGCUACCGUCGCCAAGAAGUACGGUGUCGUCGACAAGAUCUCUCACGUCUCCACUGGUGGUGGUGCUUCUUUGGAAUUGUUGGAAGGUAAAGAAUUGCCUGGUGUCACUUUCUUGUCCAACAAGCAAUAA